AUGGCUCGGCUUCGUGUUAGAUUUCGGGCUGUCUCUGGGUCUUCGGUUCUACGAUUGCUAGAACACUACGCUGGAUGCUUGGACGCUGCGGACUUCGAUUGGUUUUUUGCGAAACGCCAUCGCGAACUACUUCGGUAUGAGGUAGGGACCUUCCCAAUUGGUCCCAAGUUUUCCCGCACCGGGCUCUUUGGUAUAGUCUUGUACUUUUCUCAGAACCAUGUCGCCUAUAUGAAAUCUCCGGUGUUUAACCUUGGAAUUAUAAUAGCGAGCUGCGGCCUGUUGAUAGUUUUGUAUCCGGAUCAGAGCUUGAUCUCGACGUUCGUCGAUAAGGUCAAGGUGAUCUCUCAACAUUUCUUCGUUCAGCUCGACGUUCGCUGGACAUUGCAUCCUGCGAAGACUUGGAACGGAAGUUUCAGUUGGGAUGACGGCCUCUAG